AUGAAUGAAUUUGAUUUUGAAAUCGACGAAGAUUUUUACGAAUUUGUGGAUUACAUUUUCUUGAGAGAUAGAGUAUCGAAGCGUUAUGUGCGCGAUGCACACAAUCUCCUCGAAAGGUGGAAUGAAAUAGAAUUCAAAAAAAGAUAUUGAUUUAAUAAAAAUAUCAUAAUAAGUUUCAUUCUACCUCUCAUUGAUGAAGCGUUACACAAAAAUUCACAACGAGGUCUACCCAUACUACCAUUAUUACAAGUUUUGUGUUGCUUACGCUUUUAUGCAACAGGAAAUUUUCAAAUAGUAUGCGGUGAUCUUUUAAGCAUGUUACAAUCAACUAUAAGCCGAAUUGUAAAACGCGUAUCAAGAUUGUUACCUUGCAGUAAACAGUUUAUUAAAUUUCCAAUAACAGCAGCUGAUAUCGAGAAAUUCAUGGUUCUCUGCUGUGAUGCUGCAUGUGCUUCUUCAAGUUUUCUUUUUACACCUGUAAAUAAUCCACAAAAUGCAGCAAAAGAACGAUAUAACAGAACACAUAAACAUAUUAAAAAUGUAAUUGAAAAAGCCUUUGGAAUUUGGAAAAGAAGAUUUCCGUGUUUAAAAAGAGGUUUAGAAAAUAGCCUUAUAACCGUCUCCAAUAUUAUUGUUGCUUGUGCGAUCCUUCACAAUAUAAGUCUACAAAUUAAUGACGAAGCAAAAUGA